AUGCUUCAGACGAGACAGAUGGAGAGAUUGCCUCCACUGCACCUGGCAGUGGUGUCUCUGCUGGGCUUCUUCUGCCUCAUCCAUGCUUCAAGGGCUGCGAUCUCAUUCCCACCUGCGGCCCCGAGGGUGCAGCUGCAGAAGAUCGACGCAAUCCCAUCUUCCGGUGGAGCAGAUGGCCAGGCCGCCGUCAUAGUGGGAGAGCCCGACCACGGCGGUGUCAGCGGGAGGAUGGAGAUGGAGAUGGAGCUGGAGGACUACCCGGGCUCCGGAGCCAACGACCACCACUCGCCGUGGUGGCGGCAGGAGAGGAGGAACUGA